GUCCGUGUAAGGAGGUUAUUAUGGGAACGUGUAUCCAAAUGCAAUCAAGAAAAUUCAUAAAACCCUCCAUUCCAACUCCUCCAACCCUCCGUCACUAUAAGAUAGGCUUCACCGAUGAAUUUGCUCCAGUUAUGAGUGUUAGUAUUGCUCUCUUCUUCUCCAUCGAUAGCGAUAACAACCCAAAGUUUGUCACCCAACUGGAGAAGUCACUCGAGAAGACCUUAACGCAAUUCUACCCUCUAGCUGGUAGAUAUAUAGAAGAAAUUCACACUGUCGAUUGCAAUGACCAAGGUGCUGAGUUCAUUAGUGCCCAAGUUAACAUCAAACUUCAAGAUUUUCUUGAUUCUGAAUAUAACUCUAACCUUGUCGACAAAUUCAUUGCUUCCAAAGUGCRGGUUUCUGAUCAAGUUACKGACCCGRUACUUGCAAUUCAAGUGACGACGUUUCAGUGUGGAGGUGUAGCACUUGGUGUAAGCAUUUCACAUAGAAUUGUUGAUGCCUCCACUCUCAGUACAUUCCUGAAUGGAUGGGCAACUAUAAGCCGAGAAGAAAAUGAGGCUGGAUUCAUUCAGYUGGGCUUYYACUCAUCCUCUUUGUUUCCUACUUUGGGUCUAACUCCUCUUGAUCCAAGACUUGCUGGGUCAAGAAGAAAUGAUUUACCAAGCAUGAACAAAGUCAUGAAGAAACURUCAUUCAGCGAGACURUSAUAUCAAACAUGAAAGCRAAGGCCAGGCUCAAUGGAAAARCYGRUGACCAUCGAUUGUCAARAGUACARUUGGUAUCGGGGUUGAUAUGGGAAGUUUUCAUGGAUGUUGAUAGAGCGAUACAUAAUUAUUCAAGAGAUUCUGUUCUCAUCCAGACAGUAAAUCUAAGGGGAAAAACUGCAUCCUUAAUACCCCAAAAUUCGUUUGGGAAUCUUUGGGGGCUAUUAAUCACAGAAUGCAAGACUGGUGAAGGGUUGGCAUAUCUUUUAAGAGAAUCUGUUAAGAAUGUCAGAGAUAUCUACUCAAAGGUAUGCCUUGACAGCGAUGAAGGGCAAACAAUGGUUUUGAAUUCCUUCUCACAGAUAACCAACAUUCCUUCAAUGACAGACGUGAUCUGGUUAACUAGUUGGUGUAAGAUUCCUUUUUAUGAUGUGGACUUUGGUUUCGGAAGGCCCGUUUGGGCAAACCACGGGAGCUGGUUUCUAAAAAAUAUGGUAUAUUUAAUGGACGAUGUGGAAGGUAAUGGAGUGGAAGCAGAUGUUUGUGUUGGAACAGAAGUUGUCCCUUAUUUUGAACAAAUUCUGAACUCAAAAGGGUUUGCUAUAGGGAUUUCAGGUGUAUGAUUUCAAAUGUUCUACCUCUCCAGAUGUUGUUUGGCAUGGGAUUCUUCUGUUCUCCAUUUCUAGGUUUCAUUUAGCUACUUAGGCAUCUGUGUUUAUUUGCAUGGUUAAUUUUCUCCCUUUUUUUUUUCUUAGUGUGCUUCUCUACUUAUAAGUAAUAUAAUUCAUCAUUACC